AGAUGGUAACGUAUUUUCUGCGACACCCCGAGGAGGGACGAGAAGGAUGAGUUCAAAGGUCACUGCGGGAAUUGCGAGUAGCCUGACCUUUGACCUGCAUUGAGAGCAACCACGUGUCGAUACACACUUGUACACAGCGAUGCAGACACGGUAACCGUGGUAGCGGUAACAGAACAGACACGUCAGUCGAUUACACAAAGCGGAGCGACACACGGCGGCGGUAGACACGUGUGCGCGCAGUGCAGCGGUGCCCGAGUUACAUACAACGCGGUGAGUCAGCGGUAGCACACGCGCAGUGGACGGUGGCAGUCUGGUGCGCGGUGGUUCGCACGUAACAAGACGCGAGUGGUGACUGUAUACGAAAACGUGUUAGGUGUUCGUGUACCGUAUGUGAAACUGUUGUUGCCAGAGCACAUUGUAUGUGCGACCUAUACGGACAUCACUCAUUCGGUACAGAGAUUGAGGCAGUGUCGGAUACUAGGUAGUCCGGGUAAUUCAUGAUAAUGACUACUGCUGCUUGUGAUGUGUUUGUGACUUGCGACGUGUGUGGUGCAAUGGUGACUAAGUCGCACAUAGCACGUCACCAUAACACUGCCAAGUGCAAGUCAGUCGGAGGAGUCGAGCCUCACGUGUCGAAGGCGAAAGAACAUUGUGUACACUGCGACAAGUUAAUAACGGCUUCCAACAUGUCUCGUUACGUUACAGUGUGCGGUAAAUUAAAAUCAACUGUUGAGCCUAAGAGCCGUGUCCGCAACCGAUUACUAUGUCUCACUUGAGCCGUCACAUUGCAAAGUGUUCUCCAGGCGCCUUAAAACGUAAGCAUGAUGAUGAGUCUCCAGCACCUCCGCCUAAAGUCAUGAAACCUAGCAAACAAGGGGGUAAUAUUAAGAAAGUUACAGCAAGCGUUCAAUGAGCGUAUGUUAACGUACAUAAUUCAAAACAAGCGUGGUAUCAAAGACUCCAAAAGAUUUCUUAAAAUAUGUAGAAAGUCAAUCACUCGCGAAAUAGCACAACUCGUUGAUGAACACAACAUCAAAGCUAACCUCGUGUUUGGAGCCGAAUACACAAAACCGACGAGUGGUGUGAUUCAAAAGAUGAAUUUCAAAACUAAAAACACAGUGAUUCUUCCAACUACGGACAUUAGGGUGUACGUUAUAACAGCAAUGAAAAAGCUUUUUGUCGAAAUGGAAGAGUUCUACGCCAAGGGAUCCGGUUGGACAUUACACAAAAUCAUCCACCUCGAGUUACGAAUUAAUCGCUACGUUCCACUCAGAGGAUCCAGUUACAUGGAGCUGCCCAAAAAGAUCUCAGCUAAGAAAACAGUCGUAAACAUAAUGAACAAUGAUCAGAAAUGUUUCGUGUGGUCGAUUCUUGCAGCAUUGCAUCCGGUAGAUAGGCAAUCGAAGCCUGAGCGUAUCCAUCACUAUCAACCUCUCAAGUACGAUCUAGACGUACAUUUGGACGGUAUCACUUUCCUUGUGAGUCUCGACCACGUCAAGCUCUUUGAAAAACGCUCUGGAAUAUCUAUUAACGUGUACUCGUACGAUGAGAAACUGGUCGUCUAUCCGUUUUACAUUACACGAGAAGAGAAAGACACACACGUUGACUUGCUGUAUAUUAGAGAUCAAACUAACUCUCACUACUGCCUCAUCAAGGAUCUCAGCCGAUUAGUACGUUCACAAAUAACAAAGCAUACGACUAAGACUUGGCUCUGCAAGUGCUGCCUCAUGCAUUACGGUACCGAAGACCUGCUGAACAAACACAAAUAA